AUGAUCAAGCAGCCCGAAGCAACAGCGACAGAGUCAAAUGUGAUCGCUUAUGUGGUACCCGUGACCCGGGCCCGCGACAGGUCCACCCACAUACUCGUUUCAACCAGAUUGCGACCGCUCAGGGCAAAGCCGCGAUCGCCAAGGCCCAAUCUCAAUGCGCGACCGCCGACUUUGGAUCGUUCGCCGGCGUUUCACUGCUCACCACCAACUUCACGAGCCUCGGGCCCAACCUCUUGAAGGAUCCCAUCGUCGCCAAGUACAUGAACAUGGGCAAUCUCGCCACGAACCCCAAGGAGACUCCGACGCGCCCUCAGCUCUACAUGUUCUGUGGUACUCGGGAUCCCGUCGUGUGCAGCAAAGUCGGAAAUGAGGCUCCUGUUGUCGGAAAUGAGAUGGGAGUACCACAACCUGCACACGACGGGAUCCCGAGUACCACAGUUCCACACGAGUACCGACGAGACGGUCCCGUACGGGCCCGCCCUCAAGACGGCACAGACGUGGUGCGACGAAGGUGCUAGGAUCGAGUUCACGACCCGCAACGGUGGAAGAACGCACGCCCAAACCCAGGCUUUGUACUCGCCUCAGGCGAUCGCCUGGUUGGACUCGACCCUGAAGGACUCGCACGUUGUGGUCAGGCAGUGUGCCUUCUUGACUAAGGGAUUGGCUGUUUGA